AUGCUCAGUAGAGGCAUAAUCCGAGGCUCGAGCCUCAGGUGUCUCGUGCAGAGCUCCAGGAUAGAGCUUGAUGCCGCCAUAGUAUUCUCCCGUGGCCCUCAAUGGUCAGACCGCCGUGUUUUUGCGGAGUUUCCGCGCCAUAGGAAAGAAAAUUCGAGGAUACCGAAGCCGUUGACGUCGAUAUCACCCAAGCAAGAGCCGCAACCGGUUGCAAAGCCCGAGAGCAAUCAAAAGUCCACCGCAAAUACGACUAGCUCUGGGGAAAAGCAAGAUGCUCUCCUCUCGGAGAAGACGGUGUCGAACGCCGCACAGAGAAAGGCCGACUGGGCUAUCAUGAAAGAGAUGACAAAGUACCUUUGGCCCAAGGACAGUCUAGGCACCAAAAUACGGGUGGGAAUAUCGCUUGGUCUUUUGGUUGGCGCAAAGGUUCUCAAUGUACAAAUACCGUUCUACUUCAAGUCGAUUGUCGAUAGCAUGAAUAUUGAUUUCAUGGCUGUCGGCGGCACUGCAGCUACCGUAGCUGGAUCCUUAAUUGUAGCAUAUGGUGCAACUCGCAUCGGCGCAACUCUCUUCCAAGAGCUUCGCAACGCGGUCUUCGCGACCGUCGCGCAAAAGGCGAUUCGCCGUGUCGCAGGAAAUGUCUACGAACAUCUACUCCGACUCGACCUGAACUUUCACCUUUCUAGACAGACGGGAGGUCUUACUCGCGCCAUCGACCGCGGUACGAAGGGCAUCAGCUUCUUGCUUACAAGCAUGGUCUUCCACAUCGCGCCGACUGCCCUCGAGAUCAGCUUGGUUUGUGGCAUAUUGACCUACCAGUACGGAGCAAAAUUUGCUGCCAUCACCGCAGCUACCAUGGUCGCGUACACCGCCUUCACCAUAACGACCACAUCAUGGCGAACGAAAUUCAGAAAACAAGCAAACGCGGCGGACAACAAAGCCGCGACCGUUGCUGUAGACUCCCUCAUCAACUACGAGGCCGUUAAGUACUUCAACAAUGAAGCAUACGAAGCCGCUCGAUAUGACAAAGCGCUACAGGAGUAUGAAAAGGCCUCGAUCAAAGUAGCAACCUCCCUGGCAUACCUGAACAGCGGACAGAAUAUCAUCUUCUCUUCGGCCCUCACGGCGAUGAUGUACCUAGCUUGUGACGGUGUCGCUCAGGGAACUCUCACUGUCGGUGACCUGGUCAUGGUAAAUCAGCUUGUCUUCCAGCUCAGCGUGCCUCUCAACUUUCUAGGCAGUGUAUACCGCGAGCUAAGACAAAGCUUGCUUGACAUGGAGACCCUCUUCAACCUGCAGAAAGUCAACGUUACCGUGAAAGAGAAACCGAAUGCGCAGCCGUUGCUGCUUAGCAAAGGCGGUGAAAUUAGGUUCGAAAACGUGACGUUCGGGUACAGAGCGGAUCGGCCGAUCUUACGCAACCUCAGCCUAGCCAUCCCAGCGGGUAAGAAGGUGGCCAUUGUUGGCCCCAGCGGUUGUGGUAAAUCAACUAUUCUGAGGCUUUUGUUCCGAUAUUACGAUGUUGAAUCUGGACGCAUCACUAUCGAUGGCCAAGAUAUCAGAGAUGUCUCUCUCGACAGCUUGCGGAAGAGUAUUGGUGUGGUGCCGCAGGACACACCGCUGUUCAACGCGACCAUUGAGCACAACAUACGCUAUGGCAGGCUAGAUGCUACGGACGAAGAAGUGCGUGCAGCUGCUAAACGCGCCAAAAUUGACGCAAUCGUAGAGAGCUGGCCAGAUCAAUACAAUACGAUGGUUGGCGAGCGGGGCAUGAUGAUUAGCGGCGGUGAAAAGCAGCGUCUGGCAAUUUCUAGACUCAUCCUCAAGGAUCCGCCUCUACUUUUCUUCGACGAGGCCACGUCUGCCCUAGACACACACACCGAAUCAGCUCUGCUGUCCAACAUUAACAGCAUAAUCAAGGAAAAGCGUCGAACAUCUGUUUUCGUGGCCCACAGACUACGCACGAUCUAUGAUUCAGAUCUAAUCAUCGUGCUCAAGGAUGGUCAGGUGGCAGAGCAGGGCACUCAUGAUCAAUUGAAUGACAGGGGAGGUUUGUACAGCGAGUUGUGGAGUGCUCAGGAAAUGCUUUUCACCGAGGCGAAAGAGGAAUUCGAUGAAGGUGAUGAAAAUGCUGAUGAGACAGAGAAAACGAUUGAGGUCGCUGCAAAGGGGGAGGAAGUAAGGAAUUAG